UCUUCGGCGAAUCGAGUCAGCUCCUUAUUUGAAGGUAUCUGGUUGUGCUCUGAGAGUAGCGCGGAUACGGAGCGGCGCAACUCCGCAACUUUUCUGUAAACAGCGUUAUAUCGUACCAGCCGUAGGUCAGAGAAGACCUAAAGUUUAUCGGACAGUUAUACACAGCGGUGUAGGCAAAGUGUUCAAAGUGUCUAUGUAUGAAUAUAUUGAAGUGUCUCUUGAGUGUCGAUGCCGAUCGUGAUAUUCCCAUCGGCGAGGAUUACACGCGUUUCUGAACGAAUAUAUUCUUCAUCCUCUUCAAUUACGUGCAACGCAACCGACUGCAACAUGCAGGGGUACCAAGGCAACUUCGAGCAACAGCAGCAGGAACAGCGGGAUCGGGACCGCGAGGAGACGAUCGUGGUGGACCUUGUUCCUCCACAGUAUCAGCUCAGCCCACCAAACAGUCCACCUCCGACACGUCCCUCUUCUAACGGAGGAUCUUCUGCAAAGAUACACGAAACCUCGCCGUCGCAUCAGCAACCACCGCUGCCCUCGAUGGACUCCAACAUCCGGAGGUAUAGAACGGCCUUCACGCGGGAGCAACUUGCGAGGCUGGAGAAAGAAUUUCACCGGGAGAACUACGUCAGCAGGCCACGACGAUGCGAACUCGCAGCUCAGCUCCAGCUUCCUGAAUCCACGAUUAAGGUGUGGUUCCAAAACCGACGCAUGAAGGACAAGCGCCAAAGACAGGCAUUGGCGUGGCCCUACGCCAUGUACGCUGACCCAGCGUUGGCCGCGACUCUCCUAGCCGCAGCUACAGCUUCGUUACCACCGCCACCUUACCACAAUCACCAUCAUCACCAUCACCAUCAUCAGCUGCAGCACCAACAGGCGGGCCUCCCGCCUGCCGGACACCUUCAGGCCGCCUCUCCACCCGGUUACGUCCCAGCCGCGGCCGCGGCUGCGGCAGCGGCUUACUACGCGCGCUACGUUCCGUAUCAAACACACCCGGGACACCCGGCUCACCCGGCGCCGAUUCAUCGGCCUCAUCUUCAGGUACCGACGACGACGACCACGGUCGCUGGCACCGGUUACCCACCCUCGAGUCUCCACGCUCACGCGCUUUCGCACCAGCUGAUGCAGACACACCAUCACCAUCAGCAACAACACCAGCUCCCGUCACCGUCUUCGGCGGCAGCUGCAGCAGCCGCGGUCCUCGCGCCCUCGCUCCAUUUCCCGUCGCCACUGAGCCUCCCCUCCUCGCCUCCAACGUCAGCCCAUCCUACCGCCUACGCGACGCCGCCUCCCGGGACUCCGUCGACGACGUAUCGCCCGGAGCUCAGCAGUCCCGCGCAGUCCGAUACGUCAUCGAGUGAAUACGAUUGCAGCGGGACUUCCCAUGCCUUUGAGAACAAGCUCUACGUACGAGGCGACGCCGCAGCCGCCGCAACCCAGACUCAGACGACCACCCUACAGACGUCGUCGAGUGCCAAUGCAGCCACAAAGAUCAAACCUCCGAAGCUGUUUCAACCUUAUAAGAACGAUAUCUCUGAAAAGGCGUAGGUCGUCUGAUGCAGGACAGCGCGAGGACGCUUGUUAUUCUACCAAAGUAUAUUAUACGACCAAAAGAUGCAUUGGCGUGCCCGCAGGAUUGGCCACCAUGUAUUAUUAUCGUCAACGCACCUGCUUGUCUGAGUGUUGACGAUAUUAUUCAAAGUUCUGCAGGCCCGGUGCUCGCGGCAAUUUAAUACCUUACACCUCGAAUUGCAAUGAAAAUUUAUAAUGAUAGCUGUGCUGUAUGUGAAAAGAUAUUAUUGACAUGAAGCGUUUUACGCACGAAAUGUAUAUUUGUCACUUCUUUCCAACCUGUAAAUAUACCUGUUAUGACACAUACACAUAUAUAAAUAUAUACUAUACAGCUAGACAUAUACAGCUAAUUAUUGUACAGUUAACUUAAUAAUUUAUUUAUGUUAUAGUUUUAAGAAUAUACAUAUUACGACGAGUAUUAUUGUAUUAUUAUUAUGAUUGCCAUAUUAUUACGAUGUACAGUAUUUAUAUAAAGUAAACUAUGUCUGUGUAA